GUAAAUAAGAAACCGUCAGGCGUCGUCGACAACGGACGCUACAAGUUUAAUAAAGAACUAACUAGACCUCGUCGUUUUGAUACCAACUCACUGACUGAGCUUUUCUCCGAAGGCUCCCCGUCAAAUCAGCUCAAAUCCCCCGAAACCGAGAUGAGCUUCAACUUCAAUGCUUCUUCGUCCAUCAUCCGCCUUAACAUUGGGGGCAAAAAGUUUUGCACAACAAUUGACACCUUGACUCAGCGUGAGCCUGAUUCAAUGCUUGCGGCGAUGUUCAGUGGUCGCCACACUCUGUGUCAGGACUCUGAUAAGGGUUAUGUUUUCGUUGAUAGAGAUGGGAAACAUUUUCGGCACAUUUUAAAUUGGUUGAGGGAUGGUGUAGUUCCUUCUUUGCAGGAUUUUGAAUACUCGGAGCUUCUGCGAGAGGCUGAAUAUUACCAGUUUCUUGGAUUAAUGGAUGGUAUUAAAGCAUCUUUAAAUAAGAGGAAAGAGGAAGAGGAAAUGGGCACUGAAUUGACACGCAUCGAUAUCAUUAAGUGCAUACAGUCUGAGAGGGUCAGAUUUCGAGGAGUCAAUCUAUCUGGCCUUGAUCUUUCAAAACUGGACCUGUCAUUUGUUGACUUCAGUUAUGCAUGCCUAAAAAAUGUGUUCUUUUCUCGUGCGAAUCUUCAAUGUGCAAAAUUCAAGGACGUAGAUGCUGAGGGUUCUAUAUUUCACAACGCAACUUUGAGAGAAUGUGAAUUCACUGGAGCUAAUCUUCGUGGAGCUCUCUUAGCUGGGGCCAAUCUUCAGAGUGCCAAUUUACAAGAUGCUUGUUUGAUAGACUGUAGCUUCUGCGGGGCAGAUCUGCGUUCUGCACACCUACAGACUGCUGAUCUUACCAAUGCCAACUUAGAAGGAGCUAAUCUUGAAGGAGCCAAUCUGAAGGGUGCAAAAUUAAACAAUGCAAAUCUGAAAGGCGCCAAUCUACAAAGAGCUUAUCUGCGGCAUGUAAAUCUUCGUGAUACAGACUUGGAAGGCGCAAGACUUGAUGGCGCCAAUUUACUUGGAGCAAUCAGGUGAAAAGGAUGAGGUUCAAAGUGGAGACGAAGAGGUUACCCUCAUAUUUCUAUUGUGUAUCAUAAUUUAAUCUUCUUUCAAAGCUGGAAUUUUAUCUCCCACCUAAGACUAUCAGAACUCCACUGAUUCAAGCCUACAUACAGAGUAAAUAUGUAUUCUUUGGAAUUUCGAUUUGCUUUGAAGCUUAUUUAUCUUUCCAUAUAGUUUGAAGCUUA